AUGGAGAAUCAGGCUGAGAAGGACACAGACCAGAAUGAAGAAGUGUCAGAGAUCAGCGAUUCCCCAGAAUCUUUGUCACUUGCUGAUGUCUCAGCAGAGAAGGCCACAUCAGAUUCUGAGACUGAUCUAGAGAUUGAAGAUCCGGGGAAGGCUUUUGCAGUCAUUAGAGGCACAGAGCUGUACCUGGAAGCGUGCAGGCUGCUGGAGGUGGUGCCUGUCUCACAGUUCAUUCAGAACUUGUCGAAGACUUAUAUAAACCUGAACCACCAUGGUCUAGGACCCAAAGGUGCCAAAGCCAUUGCUAUUGCUCUGGUGUCCAAUGCAUCUGUCACUCAUCUGGAGCUGGAAGAUAACUGGAUUCUGGCAGAAGGAGCUGUGUGCAUAGCACAGAUGUUACGGGAAAACUGCUGCCUUCAAAAACUGAACAUCUCCAAUAACCACAUAGGCACAGAAGGAGCUGAAGCCAUUGCCAGGUUGCUUUUGGAUAAUAUGUCCUAUCUCCAAGUUCUUCAGCUCUCAGGGAACAACUUUGGAGAGGACACUGCACCAUACUUCGCUGAUGCUCUAACGGGCAAUUACCAAGUGAAGGAGCUGGACCUCAGCCACAAUGCGUUCUCUGAAAAGGGAGGACAGCUCCUGGGACAGAUGCUGGCCAGCAAUGAAACACUGGAGCUUCUGAACCUGAGCUGGAACCAACUGAGUAUGAAGGGGGCAAUAGCACUGGGCACAGGUCUCAGGAACAACGGUACACUGAAGGUACUUAACCUGUCUUGGAACGGCUUUGGGAAUGAAGGAGCAAAGGCCCUAGGAGAAGCUCUCAAAGUCAACAAUGUGCUGGUUCAGCUGGAUCUCAGCAGCAACCAAAUUGACAAUGAGGGAGCCAAGAAGCUCUGCAAAGGCCUUGAAGUCAAUGAAAACCUCAAAGUCUUGAAGCUGGCCAACAAUCCUGUAACCGUGGAAGGUGCCACUGCACUAAUCACAUCUAUCAGAAAGAACGUUAAAUCCAUGAUGGAAGAGAUCAACAUCUCAAAUGUGCUGGUGAAUGAAACUUUCAUCAAGAUGUUGGAUUUGGUGUGUCAAGAACAUCCUGGACUAGAUGUUACCUAUGGUGAAGUUGGAGGCCAUAUCUCCAAAAACCCUGAGCAUUAUCCAAAUCCUAUGAAAGUGAUUCAGAACUAUUUGAACGAGCACAACCUAGAACUCUGGGACUUUUUUAGGAAUAUUGACAAGGAUGGAAACAUGAAGAUCCCUGUGGCGGACGUCCGGAGAGCCAUAAUGCAGGAAUCAAGUAUCCCACUGAAUCGAAUCCAAAUUGCAGAACUAGUGCAGAAGCUAGACCGGAAUCAGACAGGAUUGGUGGACUACAGUCACUUAAAAGAGAAGAAGCCAGCACAGAAGCCUGUGGAAAAGAAAAUGAAGGAGGAGGAAGAGAAAGAAGACCUGUAUGAAUGA